AUGCCGCGCUCCUUCCUGGUGGACUCGCUGGUGCUGCGGGAGGCGGGCGAGAAGAAGGGCGAGGGCAGCCCCCCGCCGCCGCUCUUCCCCUACGCCGUGCACCCCUCGCACCCGCUGCCCGGGCUGCCGGCCGGCGCCUGCCACGCGCGCAAAGCCGGGCUGCUGUGCGUGUGUCCGCUGUGCGUCACCGCCUCGCAGCUGCACCCGCCGCCGCCCGCGAUACCCCUGCUCAAGGCCUCCUUCCCCCCGUUCGGCUCCCAGUACUGCCAUCCGCCCCUCGGCCGCCAGCAGCACUCCGUGUCCGCCGUCAGCGUGGGGCACGGCCCGGCGCUCUACCAGGGUGCCUACCCGCUGCCCGACCCCCGGCAGUUCCACUGCAUUUCCGUGGACAGCACGUCGAGCCAACUGCCCAGCAGCAAGAGGAUGCGCACCGCCUUCACCAGCACGCAGCUCCUGGAGCUGGAGAGGGAGUUCGCCUCCAACAUGUACCUCUCCCGGCUGCGGCGAAUCGAGAUCGCCACCUACCUGAACCUCUCCGAGAAGCAGGUGAAGAUAUGGUUCCAGAACCGCCGGGUCAAGCACAAGAAGGAAGGCAAAAGCGGAUCCCACCGGGGCGGGGGGCCCGGGCACAGCUGCAAAUGCUCGGCCCUUUCCACCACCAAGUGCUCGGAGGACGACGAGGACUUGCGCAUGUCUCCGUCCUCUUCGGGGAAGGACGACAGAGGCCUCGCGGCCACCCCCUGA